GUCCUAUUAGCGCGACGACUAGCGUGGACGCUGCAGAUGGAACUCCGAGAACUAUUGAGCAGCAGGAGAUGAUGAGAGUUCAUUCGCCGUGCAGACUCGCUGCAGUCUGGCCACGCAGCAGGCUUGGGCCACCACAACUCUUGCUGGUAUUUAUUUCGACUUUACUGCUCUGCACGACCGGUCACCUUGGCUCCUGUGGAUACGACUAUGCGGUUCAGCCUCACUCCAUAAACUUCACCACCAUUCCUCAAUCCCAGACAGCGGUACAAGGAGAAACAGUCGUCCUCAACUGCAGCUUCCCCAUCGUGAAACUGGGCAGCAAUUACCCCGUCCCGCAUUUAGAGUGGUGGAAAAACGGGACACGUAUUGUUGAUCCAGAGAAGCCAACGAAAGAGAACAUUGCUAGGGGUUUCCUCGUUUCUCAGCUAGUGAUUGACAGUGUCACAGAGGGCGAUGAGGGAUACUACGAGUGUAUUGCAGUCGAUGGGAAGAAGAAAGGAGACAAAGUUGGAGAAGGAAGGCACAUCAUCUCCAGCCCAAGAGCAUACGUUCAAGUUGUCUGUAAGUUUACUGUAAUUCUGAUAGUG